AUGAUAAAGAUGAAGGAGAACGAAUUUUUGUGUGAUGAGGAGAUAUAUAAAAAAUUUGUAGAUUUAAAGGAUAAGAUAUAUGAGGAAAGAAAAAAGAAGAAGGACCUUCUUAAUAGCAACGUUAAUGGUGAUAAUGUUGAUGUUGAUGAUGUUAAUUAUGAUGAUGAUACUUCAUAUAAGGUUUACAUUUUAGAGAUGAAAAAAUUAUUAAAAAAUGUUCUUUUAAAAUAUAAGGCAUUAAAAUUUGGAGAAUUUAUUUUAAAAUCUAAAAGAAAAUCAAACUAUUUUUUUUCAAGUGGAGUUUUGAAUAAUAUUGUUUCUUCUAAUAUAAUUUGUUUUUUAUUAUCAGAAUUAAUAAUAAAAAAGAACUUAUCGUUUGACUAUUUAUUAGGUGCAUCAUAUAAAGGUAUUCCUAUGGUUUCUUUAACAAGUCAUUUUUUGUUUGAAUCAAAAAAGUAUUCGAAUAUUUUUUAUUUAUAUGAUAGAAAAGAAAAAAAAGAAUAUGGUGAUAAAAACGUUAUUGUUGGAAAUCUAGAUGAUGAUGAACAUUUAUUAAAUUUAAAGAACACACAAAAUAAUCAUUGCCAAGAAAAGAAAAAUAUUAUAAUUAUUGAUGAUGUCUUUACAUGUGGAACAGCAUUAACAGAAAUAUUAGAAAAAUUAAAAACAUAUGAAAAUUUAAAAGUAGUAGCAUUUAUUGUAUUACUUAAUAGAAAUGAAUAUGAAAUAAAUGAAAAUAAUAAAAAAAUAUAUUUUAAGGAUAUAUUUGAAAAAAAGGUAGGAGGAAUACCACUUUAUAGUAUAUUAUCUUACGACGACGACAUAAAGCCGAUGAUAUAA